AACGUUAAUAUGUACAAACAAAAAACGUUGGUGGGGAUUUAAAAUCUGUCAUACGUCAAGUUGACGCAGUCGUGUAAAAGUCGCGAAAACGUUCUAAACGCUAACGGAAUCAUGUCACGAAAAAUUUUAUCACGAAUCACAUAUAAAUCCCAAAAACCUAAACCUCACAUAUGACCAUUAAAUAGUUUAUCAUCUUAAUGGAAGUACCAUUAACAGUGCAAACAUCACCAUCGACUCUUCUGAAGGGUUCUUUUCGUCACCUGUAUCGAAAACGAGAUCGCGCGAAUCAAUUCACCAAGAAUUAAGUGAAGGUAACCACCGCCCCCCACAAAAAAAGAAUGUAAUAAAAAAGAAUCGAGAAAAAAAAAAUUCGUUUCUUUUGCUGUUUUUGGGAUUGGUGUUAUCUGAUUUGUUGCAGUGGUCCCUACAAUCACGGCUAAUAUACUCCCAUCUAUAUAGAUAAGAGGACAGCACGCGGAAUGUUCGCGCCUUAAUUAAACGGCGAUAACGCGGGGGAAAUGAGCGCGACUGCCGAGAAAAGGGUCUCUUCGUUUAGUUACACAACGUCCGAUUCGCAAAAUUUAAAUGAAUAUCACGAUGAAGAUGCAGCACAGUGUUCGCACGAAGUCCAGCUUUAUUUGGCGCAGUUAUCACAAAAAUCGGGUUGUUGGGGUGGGUGUAUUCCUGUUCCUUUUGAAAGAGCCGCAAGGAAAUCUUGGUGGGAUCCUAUGUUCGAUUCGGAAAUUUUAGAGGAACAAUUUAAGAAAAGUGCUUUAUCCCAUAAUACACAUAAAUUUAGAUACGGACUUUUCUAUAUCCUUCUGGUAUCGUUCGUUUGGUUUCUGUAUUUCCUCUGUAUUGGAAUAACGACAGAAAUACCAAAUUGGCCUACGCAAUGCGCAAUCUUAGCCGUUUUCACCGUUGUAAUAAUUCUACUCAUUUUUUUAACAUUUACGAAAUUUUGCAUACAAAGAUUAUCAACAAUUUCGUUAUGCACAGUGUUGGCUUUGUGUGUAACAAGAAUAUUUUUCGUAAUUCCAUUAAUCCCGGAUGAAAAAAACGGAACUCUUCCAAUAAUCGGACACGUUGGAAAAUUUUCAAUAUGCGCCGAAAUUUUAAUGCUAAUUUUUACAAUAUUCCCGUUAAGAUUUUAUAUUUGUAUAGUAAUAAGCGUUACCUACACCGCGUUAUUUGAAAUAGUAACGUGGCUUUCAAGUCGUAACGAUUACGACUUUAAAACAGUUACCAUAAGAUUAAUGGUACAUUUUUGUAUACAUUUAAUCGGAAUUCAUAUAUUAAUUAUGAAUAAUAUUCGGAUGAGAAACACGUUUAUGAAAGUUGGUCAAAGUUUAUUAGCUCGAAGCCAGCUCGAAAAAGAGCAGAUAUUAAAAAAAGAAAUGAUUUUGUCGUUAAUGCCGCCGAGUGUAGCAAGUUGGUUAAUGAACGAUGAUCGAAAAGACGGUAAAGAACCGAGAUAUUCCGACCCAGAAACCGGAGACAUCGCAAAAUCUUUAUUUCGACCGUUUAAUAUGAUUCGAAUCGAAAACGUUAGUAUUUUAUUCGCGGAUAUUGUUGGUUUCACAAAAAUGUCCAGCACAAAAACUGCCGAAGAACUCGUUGUAAUUCUCAACACUUUAUUCCGAAGCUUUGAUAUUUUAUGUCGAGAACAUCAUUGCGAGAAAAUCUCAACGUUAGGAGAUUGUUAUUAUUGCGUUUCCGGCUGUCCGGAUCCAGUCCCGGAUCACGCAAAAUGUUGCGUUGAAAUGGGUUUAAGCAUGAUUAAAGCAAUUAAAGACUUUGAUACAACAUAUAAUGAAGGUAUUAAUAUGCGUGUUGGUAUUCACACGGGAACGAUUUUAUGUGGAAUCGUCGGAACGAAACGGUUCAAAUUUGAUGUUUGGAGUAACGAUGUCACCUUAGCAAACACAAUGGAAUCGACGAGCAAACCCGGAAUGAUUCAUAUUUCAGAAACAACAAGAAAAUUUUUAGACGACGAUUAUUUAUUAGAAGAUGCCCCCCAAGUCUCCGGCUUAAAAACUUAUUUAAUUCUCGGAAAAACAAUAAACACAAUUCAUUCCAGAAACAGUAGUUUUAAACGGGAUGAAACUAAAUUACAUAAUUCAGUGCAAUUAAAGAUUUCGCCAGCUCCAUCCCCUCCGUCGUUAUCACCCCAAACCCGACCUAGAGUACUAUCUUGUGAUAAUUCGCUAAAACCCACGACAGAUCCAAACUUUUUAUCUCCAGAUGCGUGUAGAGUAAAAGCGAGUAGUUUACCAAGCAUUUUAGAUUCUGAAAAUGAACAAGAUUUCGAUCCGGAACAAAAAGAACAGGUGAAAACGCCAACAUCAACGGCGAGCUCAGGGAAAUAUUCAAUGAAAUUAAAAAGCUGGAGGAUACCAAAGUUUUUAAAAAAGAACGAACUAAUCGAAACGAACAACCAAGACGAAUACCAACAAGUACCAAUAAUCGUUGAAGAUCAAACUUUAAACGGUAAAAAAAUUGAUUCAACAUCUUGGACUAAUCUUAGUAAUUGUUUCGACGAACACACCGAUGUUUUAUUUGACGAACACAAAGAUGGGAUUGACGUUAAAUCGUAUAUUAGUCAGUCAAGAAGUGAUAUUGGUGCUUACGAUUUUACACCGAACGAUUACGCCGCACAUUUUAUACGCACAGGAAGUUACCGAUCGCAAUACGGUAGACAAAAUGAAUUAGUUUAUCUAUCCAGAGCGGGAAGUAAUCGUUCGAAACGCGGAAAAUCUCCCGUUUUCGAAAAUUUAUCAGGCGAACGUGCCAAGAGUAUCACCGUACCAAAUUUUGAAAGACCGCACAAGACCUCACUUGAAGUGCCACAUCGACUUUCGACAAUAUUACUUGACGAUCAACUCAGUGUCGCUCAUUCUAUUAAUAGUAGAAAGGAUUCUGGGAUAAGAAGUAAUAGUAGAAAAAGUAGUAUUCAACAGAUUGAAGCGCCUUAUUUACACCCAUCAAAUCAACAAAGAGUUUCCGGUUAUUUUACAUCGAGUCAAUCGACGUUAAAUUCGCCACAAUGUAACUCAACAAAACUGCCUCCGCCACCGAAUCGAGUCGUUUCGCAUCAAAUGCGAAAGCAAUCAGAUCGACAAUUAAUCAAAUGCGUACAGGAUAAUUUCAAAUCGAAACAUUCCUAUUUUAUGAACCCGCCGUUAUCGAAACUUUCCCUAUUUUUUCUCGAUAAAAAAAUCGAGCAGCAAUAUAGAGCGAACGUCCAUGCUAUAAACGAUGGUGGAAAAGGAAUCGAAACUUUGGCAAAUUCAAGUUUUAACACUUAUUUUGAUAUUUUAGUGUCGGUCGUUGUAUUUAUCGCGUCUUCAAUUUCGUUAUUUAUUUUGUGUGAGUUUACGAUUUCGUGGGCGAUUACAUUCGGUUUGUUUUUAAGCGUACAAUCGUUGGCUGUUUUAUUGUGUUUCGAUGGUUUUAGUAACUUUUUUGAGAGGAUAUUUAAUAAAUUUAAAGUGAGUGACAGUUCGUUUACGAAAUGGUGCCGUUGGAAUACUUUCGGUAGUAUUUUAGUCAGUUUACCGAUCGUAGCAAUUUUAGUAAAUUAUAAUAAUUCGCAAAAUAAUUAUUUAUACAUGUAUUUAUUAUUCGUAGGCGUGAUUAAUUUUUGCAAUUUCACUCAAUUAAAUUGGUGGAUGUGUAACAUCUUAGUGGUGAUUUAUACGGUUGUUUACGUGUUGUUGAGAAUUAAUUCUAACUCGUUAGAUUUUCACGAUGCGGAAAUAUUUACGAGUUUAUUCUUGUUGCUGGUUUUGGUGUGGAUGUUAAACAGAGAAUUUGAAAAGGCUUAUCGAUCAAAUUUUCACGCUCAUUAUGAAGCUAGUCGAGAUCAAAACAAUAUGCUCAAAUUAAAGGAACAAGCUGAUUUUUUAAUUUAUAAUAUUUUACCUGAACAUGUUGCGAAUCAAUUGAAAAAGGAUGCGAAAUAUUCCGAGAAUUUUAAAAAUGUCGGUAUCAUUUUUGCCAGUAUUGUAAAUUUUAAUGAAAUGUACGAUGAGAGUUAUAUGGGUGGACGCGAAUUUUUAAGAGUUUUAAACGAACUCAUCGGUGAUUUUGAUGAAUUAUUAAUGAACGAAGAAUUUUAUUGCGUCGAAAAGAUCAAAACUAUAGGUAGCACAUUUAUGGCAGCGAGUGGAUUAGAUUCAAAAGCGCGUGAAAACCAAGAAGAUCCAUACAACCAUUUGUAUGCUUUAAUGGAAUUCGCCAUCGCGAUGCAAGAUGUCGUUGAAAAAUUCAAUAAUAACCUAUUAGAAUUUAAUCUCAUACUGCGUAUAGGUUAUAAUUUUGGCGAUGUUACAGCCGCGGUUAUAGGGGAAACGAAACUUUAUUACGACAUUUGGGGAGACGCUGUUAAUAUUGCUUCCCGAAUGGACAGUACCGGGGUUAAUGGUAGAAUACAAGUUGGGGAGAUGUGUUUAAACGUUUUAGAACGACGUUAUAUAUUCGAAAAGAGGGGUUCUGUUUAUGUGAAGGGCAAAGAUAAUAUGAACGUUUAUCUUUUAUCGGGGAAAAAAGAAUAGGGUUGAAAUAAAAAGAAAUUGGAUGAAGAAGACGUUAUUCAUUCACGAAAUAUUCAUUCAUUAAAAAGUCGAAAAAACCACAAAAGAUAUUUUAAAAUAAGCGUGUUAGAUUUUAGAGAUGUCUUCGUUUAGAUUAAAAGAUCUCAAUUUUUUAACUCAGGUUGUUUUUACAUUCUUUUCUAUUUAUUUCUUAUUAUUUAUAGAUACUUUAAUUUAAAAAAUAAUUUCUUUUAUAAAGUUUGAAUGUUUUGUGAAUAAAUAAUGUUUUUUAUCAAGCGAAAUAAUUCAGCACAAGAAUUAGACUACCUAUUUAAAAGAAACAUAUACAAAUAUUAUACAACUUCUAUACAUUCCAUUUUAUACAUUUACAUCAAGUUGAAUGUAAUUUGUAAGAUUUUAAAAAAUAUUUAUAAGAUUAACCAGUUUCUAAGAUAAAGACACCAAUUGACCUUGAACUAACUACGUAGAAUGCUGAGGUUAUAACUUUUAUAGAUUUCUGGAUUAUUCAUAGUUGACAUGUGAAAUUUGUUAGUGUUAAUUAAUUGGUCCUUCCUCUGACUUCUCAAAACAUUUUUUGUUUUUCCUAAUCCUUGCUUGAAUUGUUUUCUUAUUUUAUUAUACUUAAUGUUUUUGCUCUCUUCCGAAUCUUUCUAGUAUUUUCAUUCAAUUCGGGCCAAAUUGAACAACGUCAUUAAUUUCGCUUCCAAACUCAUCCAGAAAAUCGAUCAUAUCUAAAACAUCUCCAAUUCUGCGACCCGUCCAUUGAGUUCACCUCUUAAUCUCUGUAUUAAUUUUAAUUUGAGUUGUUUGAAUACAAGGAAGUAGUUAUAAAAAUCGCCAGAUCUAUCUGGACUAUCCCAACGCCAUGACCAACCUCGGCGGUUUGAUGAUAUACUUUUUAUAUAAGAGACUAUGUAUCUUUACAAAGAUAUAUAAGAAGCAAUUUCGCCUCAAAUCGCCGAGGUCGCUUGCGGGCGAGGCGCUGGGAAGUUCCAAAGAAAACGAUUUUGUGUUUAUAUACGUCGGAGGCAAAUGGUUAUUUCAGGUAGAUAGCUUUUUCCUAGUCAGAUACUGUCUGCCUAGGUAAAUAGUAGUUCGUUGCAGUUUUAUCAUUAAAUGUUUAGACAAAUACUAUUGGACAAGACAAAUAGUAUCUGUCUAAGCCUGUUUUAGGAAAAUACCAUUUUUUCGAUACAACAAUGCAAUAUAGAGUUACCUGUUCAUAAUACAAUAAAGUAGUUCCUGUCGUUAUCAACCUACUUUUCUUAAAUUAAAGUCACUAAUGAGUGUCUCAUUUAUUUUCAAAAAA